AUGUCCGACGAUAAUCUUCAAAUGGUUGUUGUCCAGGCGGCGAACUGUGGAGUACUUCACGUUUACGUUCAAGGCAAUCUUGAGGAACGCGGAGGAAAAACUAUCAUCCUCACUGUCCAUGACAUCGGAACUAACCACAAGAGCUUCGUUCGGUUCGUCAACCAUCCAUCUAUGGCUGCCGUCAAGGAGAAGGCGAUUUUCCUUCACGUCUGUGUUCCUGGACAAGAGGACAAUUCUGCCGACUAUUUCGGAGACUUCCCGACUCUUGACGGAAUCGGAGACGACCUCAAUGCUGUACUGGACAAGUUCGAGGUCAAGUCGGCCAUCGCUUUCGGUGAGGGCGUUGGAGCCAACAUCAUCUGCCGGUUCGCUAUGGGACACCCAAAUCGCAUCAUGGGAAUCAUCUUGGUCCACUGCACCUCGACUACCGCUGGAAUCAUCGAGUACUGCAAAGAGAAGGUCAUGAACAUGCGCUUGGAGAACUCCAUCAUGUCAGAUGGAGCCUGGGACUACUUGUUGGCCCACAAAUUUGGAGGAGAAUCCAAAUCGCGCGCUGAGUAUCUUGAGGAGCUCAAGCAGACUUUGAACGCCAAGAAUCUGUCCAAGUACCUUGUCGCGUUCACCAAGAGAACUGACCUCUCUUCCACUAUUGGAACUAAGCUUGAAACUGUCGAUGCGCUCUUGGUUACUGGAUCCAAAGCUUCUCACCUCCACACUGUCUACACUACUCACAAAAGCAUGAACAAGAAGAAAACCACUCUUCUCGUCGUCGACAAUGUCGCUGAUGUCAUGCAAGAGGCGCCUGACAAGCUUGCUCGCUCUCUCAUCCUUCUCUGCAAAGGAUGCGGAGUUCUCUCGGGAGUCGCAAUUCCAGGCAUGGAACGCCAGAGAACACUCUCAAGCUCAAUGGAAGAAGCCGAUCGUCCACGCCGCAUGUCCGUCACUCAGCCACAUCUCCCACCCGUCCCUUCUGCAUAA